GUAAAAACAAGGUGAAACCCAGCGAGGCACAGGCACAAAGAAGGCAAAACCGCGGGGCCAAAUUACAGGCAUAGGGCUCGAGGAGACGCGAUUUCUCCACAUUUUGAUAUUAGUCAGCUAUAUUUUAGUCUCGAUUACCAAUGCCGUGAUCCUGAGAAAUGCGAGACCGGCAUGUUUACGUCCAGUUUCGGAAUGCAAUCGCAUGCACCUCGUUAUCGCCCUGGAAAUAAUGGCUAAGUGGUGACCCAUUCAGAAUGAGCAGCGUCUGUAGAGAAAGAAAGCAAGUGAGCAGCUCCGGGAAGAAACAAGCGGCGAAAGCGUCGGCACGGCUAAAGAUCGACAAACCUGCUAAGGACUGCAAGAGAAAGUUUCGGCCUGUUUGGAAAGAAACCUACACAUGGCUACAGUACGAAGAAAUAAAAAACACGAUGCAUUGUGUCCUGUGCAGAGACGCCUACUUUGGACAAGAAAAAUGUGUGCCGUUUGUGGAGGGUACAAACAACUUCAAGCUGUCCGUCAUCCAGAAACACGAGAAAACAUCCGCGCACCGCAAUCUGCUCGACAAAACCGAAGCCGAGAGGAAAGUAGUGGUUGCAAAGUCAGUCAAGUCCAGAAAGAAGUCCUUGAAAGAAGAAGACUCCCGCGCCAGGUUCGAGCUUCUCUUCAAGAUUGUGUACCAGAUACAAAAGAACAAGCUGUCUUUCUCGCAGUUUCCCAUCCUGGUCAGUCAGCAGAUACAGAAUGGAGUACCACUCAAAGGAAGAUACACAAAUCACCACCAUGUUGUGCCAGACUUCUCGAAGUACAUUGCAAUGUCCAUGAUCAACGACACUGUGGCAGAUAUUCACCAAGCUAAGCAUUUUGGUAUAAUCCUGGAUGAUGUGUCGGAUGUCCUUGGUAGCUGCAAGGAUGCAGUGUUCAUCACUUACAUCAAAGAUUGCUGCAGGCAUACAAAGUACCUUGGCCUUGUGGAAAACUACAAUGGCAUGGGGAUUGCCCUGUCCCUUGUGGAAAUGUUGGCAAAGUUUGGUUUACCAUCCCCCUUCGAGAAGCUGCUCUGCCUGACAAUGGAUGGGCAACCACUCCAUCGGGUUGAAAAGGAAGGGCUCCGAAUGGCACUUGGCAAAGAAGCCCCCGUUCUCUACUCUAUGCACUGUCUUGCUCACAAGUUGGAGUGCUCAGUGAAGCCAAUCUUGUUUGAACAUCCACAAGUCAGAUAUUGUGUAGACACACUCUACAGGCUCUUUUGCUUUCUGAAGGACUUGCAAAAGAAGACUGGCCAUAGCAUUGAUGUGUGGACACCGAUGAGCACUAUGGACCAGUUUACUCAUUCCUCAAAUCCAAAGUGGUUGGUGUUCAGCUUAAAGUUCCUAUUAGCCACGCUAGAAAAAUGGGGCACCAUUACCAUUUUCCUAACCGACACUUACCACAAUCUUGACCGCAAAAUGAGGCUAGAUGCUGCCGAAAUUCUGACGAGCCUCAAAAAUUCCACCUUUGUUGCCUACCUGCAUCUCCUAAAGGAAAUCUUUGAAGCACUGCAGAAUUUUCAAGACAGGGUGGCAGAUGGCUGCCCUCUUCCUUGCUAUGCAGUUCAAGAAGAGCUGAAGAGCACUGCCUCUGUCAUAAUGAACCACAUUAUUCUAGGCCCCUGCCUAGUACCAGUCCUCCAAGAACUGCAAGCAAGGAGCGGCUUCUUCCAGGGCAUGCCAGUGACUCAUGACUUCGACAUCCAGUCCUUCCACAGCAGUGCUGACGAGCUGUGCCGCGCAGUCUCCCUCCAAAUCUUCUUGAUGGCAGAACAGAGCUCGCCAUCCAUCUGCAAGUUUUCAGUCCUGGAUCCAAAAAACUGGCCACUGGAUUCGGAUACCCUUCUAGGUGCUUAUGGAAUCCAGAAGGUCAGGGAGCUCUCCGAGGAAAUGAGGCCCCUCCUGUCACUGAAAUGUCCCGCAGACGUCAUUCAGGAGUGGUGUUCCUACAAGGCAUUUGUGCAGUCUAGUCUUGCAGAAUCUCUGAGGAAGGACUUCAACAGCCUAGCUGCUGUCAUGAUUUCACGAUUUAGCAACAUCUACCCAUCCAUCUGCACAUUUCUAACAGCAGCCAUGCUUCUGUCCCCCUCGUGCAGCGUGACGCGCAACGGUUUUCAUGAACUAUGCCUCAUCAAGGAAUCUAGAAAGAAUGUCCUCACUGAGGACACCCUCUGGCAGACCAUGGUCAUAAACAUGAAUGGAGCUUCGCUCGAGGACUGGGACCCAGAGCCUGUUGUCGACCUCUGGCUGAAGACAAGUCUCCGAAGACCCAACAAUAGAACUAAGCUGACAGCCGACAUGGGAACCUUGUCACAGGCCCACGGUGUCAACGAUGUGACCGAUUGUGUGCUGCAGAACUGCGACUUGCUUGUCAUAACUGGUGAACUGUGUGAAGAGCCAACGGCAUGUGACAAUGCAGAAGGGCUAAUGUGAAUAAAACAAUGAUCUGUAAUUCCCUUUUCUUGCCUGUAAAAAAACCACCUCCAAGGGGUCUGGAAUAAAGCAAGUAGGAUUAGCACUUGGUUCAUUGGAAUAAAAAGACAUUUGUUUAUUCAGAAA